GGCGUUUACCAUGCUUGUGGGGAAUUCGGCAUCUGCAAUAUUAACAAUAGGUUGAUCUGCAAAUGUUUGCCUGGGUUCCAGCCUGCAAAUCCCAAGAAUUGGGAUUCUGGAGAUUUUUUGGACGGGUGCCGCAGAAAUUCGACAUCAUCUGACAACAGCGACAUGUUCUUGAACUUAAAGAUGAUGAAAGUGGGCAAGCCAGACUCUUAUUUCCACGAAAUAAAUGAAACAAAAUGCAGAAAGCAGUGCCUUGCCAAGAGCUUGUGCCAGGCUUAUUCAUAUGAGGUAGCUCAAAACAGCACGAAACGAACUCCUGGGAUCGACAACUGCAGAAUUUGGACUUCGGCACUAAGUAAUCUUCAAGAGGAGUACACAAACCGUGCCUGUAACCUCUCUGUCCGCUUGCCAAAAUCUAUUAUAGAAUCAACAGUUAGGAAUUGUGAGCCUUGUGGCUCAAACUUGAUCCCCUAUCCGCUAAGCACUGGAAUAAAUUGCGGUGACCCCAUCUACUUUAGUUUCUACUGCAACACCUCCUCGGGCCAGGUUAGCUUCAAAUUACCCAGUGGCACCUAUCGAGUCACCAAAAUCGAUCCAAGUGCACAGACAUUUGUCAUCCAAGUCAAAUAUGCAGGAUAUGAUAUAAAUUCAAGAGGAACUCAACUGCUCAAUGUGUCAUUGCCGUUCAAGAGGAAUUAUAGUUCUCAAGUUAAAGAUGAAAUAGAGAUUAGUUGGGACCCCCCGCUGCAGCCAAGCUGUAAUUCGUCCAGAGAUUGCAAGGAUUGGCCAAAUUCAACUUGCAAUAUAAAAGAUGGAAAGAAUAGGUGUGUUUGCGAGCAAGAUUUCUUCUGGGAUGGCUCAAAUUUAAAUUGUACUACUAAAGGUAAUACUCCUCAGGGGUUUAAAAAGCCUUCAAAAAGAAAGAAGCGGUUGCUUCUGUGUGAAAUGGUACCUUUGAUUAUAGGCGUGUUUGCCCUCACAUGUUCCAUUACUUUUGUAUAUGUAUGGAGAAGAAAGAAGGCCAAGGAAGAAGAAAGUAGAAAAAGUAGCAGAAGAAAUCGAGUAUUACGUGCAUUAGACACUGAAAAACAUGUCAAAGACUUGAUGGACUCGGGUGAGUUCAGAGAAGAAGACGAGAAAGGCAUAGAUGUACCAUUUUUUGAUUUGGAAUCCAUUCAAGUUGCUACAAAUAACUUCUCAGAUGCAAAGAAGCUUGGAAAGGGGGGCUAUGGGUCUGUUCACAAGGCCACAUUUCCAGGAGGUCAAGAGAUUGCUGUAAAGAGGCUCUCAAGUGUCUCAAAGCAAGGGUUACAAGAAUUUAAAAACGAGGUGGUGUUGAUUGCAAAACUUCAACACAGGAAUCUUGUUAGGCUUCGAGGAUAUUGCAUAAAUGGAGAUGAAAAGAUUUUACUCUACGAGUACAUGCCAAACAAAAGCUUAGACUCAUUUAUAUUUGAUCAAAAGCUAAGCAUGUCUUUGGACUGGGAGAUGCGCUUCAAAAUCAUUUUGGGAAUUGCUCGUGGGCUUGUUUAUCUUCAUCAUGACUCCAGAUUGAGGAUCAUUCAUAGAGAUUUGAAAACUAGCAACAUUCUUCUAGAUAACGAGAUGAACCCCAAAAUAUCUGAUUUUGGCUUGGCAAAGAUGGUUGAAGGUAAACAAACCGGGGCAAACACAACUAGAGUAGUUGGAACUCAUGGCUAUAUAUCUCCGGAAUACGCACAACAUGGAAUUUUUUCAAUCAAAUCCGAUGUUUUUAGCUUUGGUGUAGUUCUACUUGAAAUUAUAAGUGGAAAAAAGAAUACAGGAUUUUAUGAGUCAGAACUAGCCCCAAGCCUUUUAGGUUAUACAUGGAAAUUGUGGGUAGAAAACAAGGUGUUGGAUUUAAUGGACCAUACUCUACGUGAAGUUUGCAAUGCAGACCAGUUCGUGAAGUGCGUAAAUAUUGGACUUUUAUGCGUACAAAAUGACGCAAAUGACCGCCCCACCAUGUUAAAUGUUGUUGCAAUGCUUGACAGUGAAGUUGGAACAAUUUCAACUCCAAAACGGCCAGCUUUUGUUCCUGGGACCGACCAUUCCGGCGCAGCUAAUUCUGUUAGACUGGAAACAAAUACAGAAUUAACUAUUAGUCUUGAAGGAAGACUUCCUCCUCUUUCUUCUUCUCAUAUUUUCCAGCCACCUUCUCCUGAAUAUUUCUCUCACAUUUUCGACCUUGCUUCUAGCUUCCUCGGAUUUUGUAGCCGGCAGCCACUCAUCACCUCACGCCACCGUCUUCUAGCUCUCUCCGCCGGCGAACUCCGCUCCGGCCGCCAACUCAUCUCUCACUUGUUUUUCGCCCAUCAUCAGGCUGAUGACAACAAAGAUGGGAGCUUGUCACUUGACGAGAUGCUCAAUCACGAGAACAUUUUCUAUAGCACUUUACCUGCUCUGCAUGCUUUAUUCGCAAUGGUAAGCCAUCGAAGAAAAAUCAAUUGUGUAUUGUCUGCAAGUUGCUCCAUCUUGUUCUUGUACAUACUCUUGUUGUGUUCCUGUCGUGUGGAUUAUUGCUAUGCCACAGAUACUCUGAAGCAGGGCGAGUGGAUUAGUGACAAUGGAACAGCCCUUGUCUCCAGUGGAGGAACGUUUGAAAUGGUAUUCUUUCCCUCUAACCACAAAAGGUUCCUUGGGAUAAGGUACGAACGCGAUCGAGAAACGUAUGCAUGGGUUGCCAACAGAGACAAACCGAUAACUAACGGUUCCAUUGAAGUUUCUUUUGGAAUUGCAAAAGAUGGCAACCUUCAGGUAUGGGAUAUUACUGGAAAGGUUUAUUGGAGUGCAAAAGGUGUUGAGAAUUCUUCGUCUACAAAUCGAACUGUGAAGCUCAUGGAUUCUGGAAAUCUUGUCUUAACGGAUACUCAGUUGGCGACGAGUCUUUGGGAGAGCUUCAAAAAUCCAACGGAUACAUUUCUUCCAGGUAUGAAGAUGGAUGAAAAGCUGAGGUUGAUUUCAUGGACAGGUGAUGGUGACCCGGGAAGUGGGCAGUUCACGUUUAAGCAAGCAGCUCAAGAAGGAGAAGGCCACUACGUUAUAACCUCGAAAAAGCGAGGACUCGAUUAUUGGAGAAGUUGGAUGUCAGGUAACUUCUUGAGCUCAGACGAAAUGCUUAUUACUAUAGUCAACUUGUUAUCAAAUUUCAGCAGUAGCGCAUCCAGGCCUGCCAUUUAUGGGAGGGAUUAUAAUUACACAAGGUUAGUGAUGAAUCAAGACGGGGAAUUACAGUAUCUGAAGUGGACUGUGGAGAAUGGAAAUUGGUCUUUGAUAUGGAGGAAGCCGGAAGAUCACCAAUGUGGAAUUUACAAUGCUUGUGGGAAAUUCGGCAGCUGCAAUAUUAACAAUAGGCCAUUCGUAUGCAAGUGUUUGCCAGGGUUCCAGCCUACUAACCCCAACAAUUGGGAUUCUGGAGAUUUUUUGGAUGGGUGCACCAGAAAUUUGACAUCAUCUAACAAGAGCGACAUGUUCUUGAGCUUAAAGAUGAUGAAAGUGAGCUACCCAGACUCUGAUUUCAAGGUUAAAAACGAGACAGAAUGCAUAAAUGAGUGCCUUGACAACAGCCAGUGCCAAGCUUAUUCAUAUGAGGUAGCUCAAAACAGCAGCCUAAGAAGUGAGACUACUGCUGGGACCGACACCUGCUGGAUUUGGACUUCGGAUGUAAGUAAUCUUCAAGAGGAGUACACAAAUGGUGUUAACCUCUCUGUCCGCGUGGCAAAAUCUGUUAUAGAAUCAACUGUUAAGAAUUGUGAGCCUUGUGGCACAAAUUUGAUCCCCUAUCCAUUGAGCACUAGGCCAAAUUGUGGUGACCCCAUGUAUUUCAGUUUUUACUGCGACAAUUCCAUAGGCAAAGUAAGCUUCAAGGCAAUUAGUGGCACUUAUCGUGUUGCCACUAUCAACGCAACUACACAAACAUUUGUCAUCCAAGUCAAAUAUGCUGGAUAUGGAAGAGAUUCAAGAGGAACUCCCCUGCUCAAUGAGUCAUUGCCGUUUAUUGAGACCAACUCGGCAAUCACCAACUCUAGCUCUGAUGUAGAGAUUAGUUGGAAUACCCCACAACAGCCAAGGUGUACUUUAGCCAAAGACUGCAACGACUGGUCAAAUUCAAUUUGCAAGAAAGCAGAAGAUGGAAAGAUGAGGUGUCUUUGUACUGGAAACUGGCAAUGGGAUGACUCAAGUUUUAAUUGUACUAAAGCGCAUGUAGAAGGUGAUUUUCCUCGGCCUUCAGAACAGUAUUCAAAAGGAAAGAAAUCGUUGACUCUGAUUGUUAUGAUACCUCUAAUAGUAGGGUUUCUUCUCACAAGUUCAAUUGUCUGCAUAUAUUUGUGGAGAAGAAAUAUGGCCAAGAGACAAGAAAACACAAGAAGCGAUGGAAGAAAUCGAGUACUUCGCACAUUAGAUAGUGAAAGACAUCUCCAAGACUUGAUGGGCUCGGGUGAGUUCAGAGAAGAAGAUGAGAAAGGCAUAGAUGUACCAUUUUUUGAGUUCAAAAGCAUUCAAGCUGCUACAGAUAACUUCUCAGAUGUAAACAAGCUCGGACAAGGGGGCUAUGGGCCUGUAUAUAAGGGAACAUUUCCAGAUGGUCAAGAAAUUGCAGUAAAAAGGCUCUCAAGUAUCUCAGGACAAGGCUUACAGGAAUUUAAAAAUGAGGUGGUGUUGAUUGCAAAACUUCAACAUAGAAAUCUUGUCAGACUUCGGGGAUAUUGCAUAAAAGGAGAUGAAAAGAUUUUAUUAUAUGACUACAUGCCCAACAAAAGCUUAGACUCAUUUAUAUUUGAUCAAAAGCUAAGCAUGCGUUUGGACUGGGAAAUGCGCAUCAACAUUAUUUUGGGAAUAGCUCGUGGGCUUCUUUAUCUUCACCACGACUCUAGAUUGAGGAUCAUCCAUAGAGAUCUGAAAACCAGCAACAUCCUCUUAGACAAGGAAAUGAACCCCAAAAUAUCUGACUUUGGCUUGGCAAGGAUUGUUGGAGGCAACGAAACAGAGGCAAACACAACUAGAGUAGUUGGAACUUAUGGCUAUAUGUCUCCAGAGUAUGCAUUAGAUGGACUUUUCUCAGUUAAAUCUGAUGUUUUUAGCUUUGGUGUAGUUCUACUUGAGAUUAUAACUGGAAAAAAGAAUACAGGAUUUUAUCAGUCAAAACAAGCUAUGAGCCUUAUAGGUUAAGUGUGGAGAUUGUGGGUGGAAGAGAAGGUGUUGGGCUUAAUGGACCUAGCUCUACAAAAUGUUUGCAAUGCAGAUCAGUUUGUGAAGUGCGUAAAUGUUGGACUCUUAUGCGUACAAGAAGACCCAAAUGACCGUCCCACUAUGUCAAAUGUCGUUACCAUGCUAGACAGUGAAGCUGUAACAGUUCCAACUCCAAAACAGCCAGCAUUUAUUUCAUGGAGAGGCCUUUCUAGCAAAGCUUCUUCUUCUAGUAAACCAGAUAGUACAUACACAGAAUUAACUAGUAGUUUAGAAGUGAAACAAGAUACUGCUUGAUACCAACGCAAGUUAUCAUGACUCUGUCCUCUAUUGGACUUGCAAAGAGUCUGUGAAUCAGACGCUACUUUCUUAUAAGCCAAUAUGUGUGUAGCCAUUAACAUUAGUCCAUAUAGGAAGUACUGUACCUAACUUAGGUAAAAUUAGGAGGCACUUCAUGCAUUUCCAAUUUUUGAAAGACAGUAAGCUCUGUUUGUUUU